AUGUCAAAUAAAGCAACAAUGUUUUCUCGAAUCAAGGAUACAUUUGUGGAACUAAGUGGAACUGAAGGAAAUGUAGAUCCAAUAACAUCCAGUAAUGUACCGAAUGAUCUACGAUUGACAUCAACAGUAUCAGCAGCAGCUGGAAGCUCUGUGAAUGGAAAUGAAUUAAAGGAGAAAGUAGAGACAAGACUCAUGUCAUUAUGGCAUAAUAUGAAAUAUGGAUGGAAUACAAAGUUGAGGUCAAAUUUUAAUAAGGAAUCAGCAAUAUGGUUUUUGGGUCGAUGUUAUCAUCAAAAAGUCACUCCGAAUCCAUCCAUGCAAUCAUCAGCUUAUGAAAUGAUUGAUAAUAAUAUUACGAAUAAUUCUCGGAUAGACAAUAAUAAGUUACUCACAACAUCGUUGCAUGAAGAAAUGCCUACGUCCUGUGAUUCAUAUGUACAGCAAUAUUCAGGAACAAAAUAUCGAAGUACGAGUGAUUUAAAUGAUUUUAAUAAUGAUUAUGAAAUUGAUCAAGCAAUUGAACCACCAGAAGAAACAGGAACAGAUGUAGUCGGUGACUAUGAAGAUGGCUUUGAUGGAUUUAAAAAGGAUUUUAUCUCACGAAUAUGGAUGACUUAUAGACGUGAUUUUACAAUGAUGCAAACAGAAUUAAAAGAUCCAAUGCAUUCACCAACUAGUGGCUAUACAUCAGAUUGUGGAUGGGGAUGUAUGAUAAGAUCUGGUCAAAUGAUGCUUGCACAGGCACUUAUUGUUCAUUUUCUUGGACGAAGUUGGCGUUUUGAUCCAAAUUCACAGCUAUCACAGACAACAGAAGAUCACAUUCAUAGGAAAAUACUUCGAUGGUUUGGUGAUCAAGAGUCUAAGACAAGUCCAUUUUCAAUUCAUAAAAUGGUCGAAUUAGGCAAGAAGAAUGGUAAGAAAGUUGGUGAAUGGUAUGGUCCUGGAUCUGUAGCACAUGUAUUAAAAGAGGCUGUUAAGCAAGCAUCGAAAGAAAAUAUUGAUCUAGCAACGUUGCAUGUUUAUGUAGCACAAGACUGUACAAUUUAUAAUCAAGAUAUUUUCGAUGAAUGUUAUUCACAAGAAAUACAGACAGUUCCGUGGCAUAAUAAGUCACGAUCAGCCACAACAUCUCCAUUGAAGAAUUUUGAGAGGAAGAAAAAUGUCAUUACAUGGAAACAUUUAGUUCUGUUGAUUCCACUAAGAUUAGGACAUGAAAAAUUAAAUCCAAUUUAUUCUGACUGUUUAAAAGCCAUACUGAGUCUUGAAUGGUGUAUUGGAAUUAUUGGUGGACGUCCAAAGCAUUCACUCUAUUUUGUUGGAUAUCAAGAUGAUAAAUUAAUACAUUUAGAUCCACAUUAUUGUCAAGAUCUCGUCGAUGUUAAUGUCGAUCAUUUUCCAGUCACAAGUUUUCAUUGUCGGUCUGCAAGGAAAAUGAAAAUAUCCAAAAUGGAUCCAAGUUGUUGCAUUGGAUUUUAUAUUCCUACACGUAAUGAAUAUGAUCGAUUCCAAAAUACUAUUCAGCCAUACUUACAACCCGUCAAUAAUUACAAUGAACGACAUAAAGCUUUACAGACAACAUCCUCUUGCCUCAAACCACCUAAUGUCAUGUACGAUCAAUCAACUUAUCCCAUGUUCAUUUUUCAACCUGGUAGACUUCGAGACGAGACACAUAAAUCAGCUCGUGUACGAACAACUGCAUUAAACUCAUUAAGAAAUCUUCAAUUACAAGAUCCAGACGAAGAUGAUAAUGAUGAUGGAAUCGAAGAUUUUGUGAUUCUAUAAAGUAACUCCCCUGAAUUGUCAUUUCCAUUUCAACACUAUUGUACAUAACAAGUUUAUUUAUUCCUAAUUAAAUUUAUCCUGCCAUUACUUAAAGAAAAUUCUAUGAACUUUGAUACUUGACUACUGCUCUAAAUUUUGCUGAUCUACUUCUUGGGUUCUCUUCUAUUUCCUCAAAUCUUGGAGUUAAUACAUGUUUAUGCAAUUGGUGCCAAUUUGUAUGAAACAUUACAUCAAGUUUAUCUUCAUCAUGACAUAAUAGAUGACUAAUGUAUUUUAAAGGAACUUCAUUAGCUACAUCGUCUGUAAUAUUUCCCAUGAUGUGUCUUUUAACAAUUGUAUCCUCGAGAGAAUGAAAUGUUAUUGUCACAAGUCUACCGCCAAUUUUUAAAUACUUCUCAGCCAUCAAAAUUCCAUAAUUAAUCUCAUUGAGUUCAUUAUUGACGAAAAUUCUUAAUGCUUGAAAAGUUUUUGUAGCCACGUGUGAUGACCGACUAAGUUUAUCUAAUCUUUGUUCACUUCCACAACAUGAUUCGACGAUAUCUGCUAGUUCCUUAGUUGUUUCAAUUUUUUUAACUGAGUAUCGAGCAUCAAUUAUUGCCUUUGCAAUCUUUUUAGCAUUCUUCUCCUCACCAUAGACUUUUAAGAUUCUAGCUAGAUCCUCUUCGUCUAUUUUCGCUAAAAUAUCAGCAACUGUUGGCUGAUUUGACAGACGAUUUUGAUCCAUUCGCAUGUCCAAAUAUCCAUUUUUGCUAAUCGAAAAGCCUCUAGUGCCAUCGUCAAACUGCAUUGAGGAACAUCCAAAAUCAAAUAAAAUGCCAUCAAUAGAAUUAUGCUUUACAUUAUGCUGUUUUAAAAGAUCCGGAAGUUCCGAGAAUCUACCUAAAAGUGGUAUGAGUCUUUUU